AUGCACUCUUUAAUAAAUAGAAAGCGCUUUAGGCAAGCUGAUGGUUCGCUAAUUCAAGGAAUUCCAAGUGAAGUGGAAACGUUUAUAAAAGCCUUCCCAAACGAAUUUUACCAGAUAAAAGAAAUUCCAGAUGAUCAAGAUAUAAAAAAGCAAUACAUUAUUGCAGCUCUUUUUGAAUGCUUUUUCUUUUAUAGGCUAGAUGAAUUUUCUUGUUUUGAGAAGUGCAUAAUAAAUUUCAAUGUAGAAACUAAUUAUCCUAUAGAACUUAUAAGACGCUUUAAAAUAGAAAGAAUGCAAUUUCUUGAUAAGGAAUUUGGCACAGAGAUGUUUAAAAAUUACUCAGUUUGAUUAGUUAAUUUUAUUUGUAAAUUCAAUCAGAUAGAGGGGGAAGAUUUUGAUCAUAGAAUGCUUAAAAAUUUGACUCAAUCACUCCCAUUUAGAGCUGUUUUAGUUCGAAAUGGCUCUAAAAUAUUUUACACAAAUCCUUCAAGCAUGGUUACUUUGAUCAUUUAUAUUAAUUUGCAAUGAAUAAAAGCUAGUCGAUGGCUACCCAUUAUUUUAUUAUGGCCAAAAACAAAUGUUAGCAGGCAUAAUAUUUCCUUUUGCUGUAUAUGGUAUACCUUUGCAAUGGUGCAUUUUAUAUUUUUUACCCAAAAAUUACCUUUAAUUGGGAUUCGAUAUAUAAAUUUAUCCCUGAAAAAAAUUCUCUUCAAACGGGUAAAAUUAAGUUUAGCUGUUUUUGCUUAGUGAAUCUUCCUGCACAUCUAGAUGGAUUUAACCAAUGACUAGAGAUAACAAAAAUGAUGGAAAUAUGCCCAAAAUGUGCAUCAAAAAAUACAUCAAUUGACAGAGAAAUAAUCAAGAAAUUUAAAAAAGAUUGUUUUUUUAAUAAAUGCUUCUAUUGUAGGCAGAGCACAGAUCUGAUAAGCUUCGAAAAUAUAGACUAUUCUUUUUGCCGAUCUUGCAUAGUCACUUAUAGAAAUUCAAUUCUUAAAGAUAUAGGUUCAAUUGCUAAUCAGGAGAGAUUUGAUCCAAUAAAAGCAAUAAACACUUUGAGUGAAGAAAUAAGAGAAAUAGAAAAAAAUUAUUUUACAUGCUAUAACUGCAGAUGCCUUAAUAUCAACAAAAAUGAUCCAGUACGUCGCUGCUUUACUUUUAGCCCUAAUAUAUCUAUCUGUAGGAUUUGCAUAAAAAACAUGAUCGAUUCACAGCAAUCUGAAUUUAAGUAUCAGAAUUUGAAGGACCUAUCCGAAUUCCCCAAUUAUAUAAAUGUCAUUAAAGCUGAUAGAGAAUUUUUAGAAUUGUUUUGUGUGCGUUGCAAUGAAGAAUUAGCAAGCAAAAAACAUAUUGAAAUUUUAAACCACGAAACUUGCAUUCAAAGAUAUUGCCAAAAAUGUCUAAGCCAAAUAGAUGUUGAGGAAUGCUGCUGGUGUGGGAAUCUGCUGAUCAAUACUUCUAAUAAUAUUCUUUAUGAUAUGUGCAUAAGUUGCAAUAAAAACCUUCCAAAAUCAGUCAUAAGCGAAGGUAUAUGCAAAAUUUGUAAAACAGAUUCUGAAAUGGACAUGGAAACAGAAAAAGAGUCCAGAGCAAUGAUCGACAUAAAGAAAUAUUUGAAGACCCCUCUUAAUUGAAAGAAAGUUAAUAAUGGUAUAAUAGAAAUAUCUCCAGAAUUUAGAGAUGAUCGCAAUAUAUAUGUCGGAAAUUGCCUUAUUUUUAAACUUCAACUUGAUAGAGGCUACAUCUCUUCUGUAUGAGUGAUUCCAGUCAUUUACCAUCCAAAUUUCAAUAAUGAUGGAAAAUUAUCAUCUGAGCUUGUUCUGCAAAAAUUAAGAACAAAAAGCAUUUCUGACGAUUUACGUUCUCUUUUCAAAAUUCUAUAUCACCCUAAUGAGUCAUUUAUAGAAAAUGAAAAAGCAUUUAAACUGUGGAAAAAUAACCAAAAGGGCUAUAAUUUGAUGGCAAAAAUAUAUCUCAACACAAGUGGGCUUGAAAAUUCAUAA